GUUUGGUGGUAUUCCGGUGUUUUUUCCUGCGUAAUGACGCAGACAACAUUGUAGGGAAGAAACAAGAUUGGAAAUCUAAAGACAGAUUGUAUAUUUCACCCCAGAAGUUGAUUCUUUGACAUCGAUUAUUGGACUUAGCCGUAUCAAGCAAUGAAAUCUGCAGGAUAUUCAACUUUCACCCUUCUGCUUCUUUUUGGAUUGUUUCCAGAAACUAAAACAAGCAAUUGUUCGAAAUCUAUAAAAUGUUUGAAAGACCUCCCUGACUACAAAAUUCGUUUGAUUGGAGAAUGGUUGGUGAUCGAUUGUACUGUUAACACAAUUGAUGAUGUUACGCUGUGGUUUGGUAACAAGAAUGUGACUGUUGACAACAAGAGAGUAUUCUUGGUUUCCAAGAAUGUCUUCAACUUGACAAAUCUAACGCAAGAUAUGCAAAGCAAGAGCGGUAAAGAGUACACCUGUCGGGCUUGUGGACGAAAUAUUUGUGGUACCAAAUCACUUGGAAUCUACCUUUUGACAGAACCAAAGGCUUACGCGGUUCCAGUAAUAAAGAAAAACCCGGAUAACUCUGUAUAUGAUAUUGGAGGCAGUGUUAAAUUGGAAUGUCAUGUUGAAAAAGCCUCCAACAAGUAUAGAUUUAAAUGGAGAAAAGUCGGGUCUAGCAAAAUAAUUACCGAAGAUACGAAACUGAGCCUGAAAUCAUUAUCAGAAAGUGACACGGGGACAUAUGAAUGCGAAUUAAGUCGUUUUGCUGUGCGUUAUAUAACCUACAAGUCCGUGAAAAUAUCUGUGAAAGGUCCACAGGCUCCAGAUAUUCGCAUAAAGGAUUUACGCCCAGUCUUUCGUGAGGAAGAAGGAAAGCCUUUCUUACUAUUGUACAACGUGUCGUCCUACCCACCCUCUGAUAUUUCCUGGUGGAAAUCUAGAGAUAAAAUAACCUGGGAAAAUAUGGUGAAAUGUUCAAGUGCAGGAAUUUGUGAAGGACACGAAACAAAUACGAACAUUACAACGAAUAGCUUUAAAAUGGAGGAUCUUGAAUUUCCUAAACACAAUCUUUUCUACAAGUGUAACGCAAGUAACAUGUACGGAAGCGACUCAAAAUCUUUUCAACUGCUGGUCUAUGCUAUAAAAUGUUUGAAAGACCUCCCUGACUACAAAAUUCGUUUGAUUGGAGAAUGGUUGGUGAUCGAUUGUACUGUUAACACAAUUCACAAUGUUACGCUCUGGUUUGGUAACAACGAAAUGACUGUUGACAAUAAGAGAAUAUUCUUGGUUUCCAAGAAUGUCUUCAACCUGACAAAUAUAACGCAAGACAUUGGUAGCAACAAAGGCAAAGAGUAUACAUGUAGGGCAUCUGGACGUAAUGUUUGUGGUACAAAAUCCCUUGCAAUCUACACUUUAUCAGAACCAAAGGCUUACGCAGUUCCAGAAAUAACGAAAAAGCCGGAUUACUCUGUAUAUGGUAUUGGAGGCAGUGUUGAGUUGGAAUGUCAUGUCGAAAAAGCCUCCAACAAGUAUAGAUUUAAAUGGAGAAAAGUCGGGUCUAGCAAAGUAAUUCGCGAAGACAGGAAACUGCCCCUGAAUUCAUUAUCAGAAAGUGACACGGGGACAUAUGAAUGCGAAUUAAGUCGUUAUGCUGUGCGUUAUAUAACCUACAAGUCCGUGAAAAUAUCCGUGAAAGCUCCGAAGGCUCCAGAUAUUCGCAUAAAGGAUUUACGCCCAGUCUUCCAUAAGAAUGAACGAGAGACUUUCGUACUAUUGUACAACGUGUCGUCCCACCCACCCUCUGAUAUUUACUGGUGGAAAUCUAGAGAUAAAAUAACCUGGGAAAAAAUGUGUUCAAGUUCAGAAAUUUGUGAACAAGACGAAAAAAAUACGAAUAUUACAACGAAUGGCUUUAAAAUAGAGGAUCUUGAAUUUCCUAAAAACAAUCUUUUCUACAAGUGUAACGCAAGUAACAAAUACGGAAACGACUCAAAAUCUUUUCAGCUGCUAGUUUAUGUGAAACCGAAGAUUAAAAAAAUGCAGGAUAUGGUAUUCAAGCAAGGAAUCUUGAUUAAUUGUACUCUGAUGAACAAAGAGAAAAUAAAUCCUCCAAAAGUAAACUAUACUUGGCACUCGCAGAUUCGCACUGGUGAAGAAAAAAAAUGGAAGCUUGAGGCGAAAUCAUCCUCCUUACGACUUGAUACUCUACCAAAAUCUAAAAUGACGUAUCAAUGCAGAGCCGAAAAUUCCGCUGGUGAAGCAACUGAGGAAGUGAACGUGUUUGCACCUACUAAAACAGUCGUAAAAUCGUCGAACCAGAAAACAACCCCCUUAAUCGUGGUUCCAGUUGGCAUUGUAUUGUUAAUCAUUUUCACAUUCCUGUGUUUCGUGUUAUGCAAAAGGAGAAAACUCUAUGGCGGGUUUUACCUUUUCUCGUAUCCACCGUUGCCAGAUUUCAUUGAGAUGAUUGAUGAAAAUGAGAAUUUACAUAACGAAAUUCAACGACUGCCCUUUAUUGCUGAAUGGGAAUUUCCAAGAGAAAGAGUAAAGUUUGUUCGUGAACUUGGUGCUGGACAGUUUGGGGUUGUUUGGUUAGCAGAAGCAACUGGCAUAUCCUCAUUCCACCCGAGGGAAAUAUUGCGAGAAAAGGAAGGUAGAACAAGGUUUUUCUUCUUCAAUCACAUGAUGAGGAGAAACAGUUACGUCUGUUGCAAGAAGAUAACUAAUGUUGCGGUGAAGACUGUCAAAGCGGAUUAUGUUGAAUCAAGUGUUGCUGAUAUAAAAGCUGAGCUAAAGAUCUUAAUUCAUGUUGGUGAACACGAAAACAUCGUGAAUAUACUAGGCGCUUGUACGAAAGGAAGAAGUUCAAACCUGUGGAUUAUUAUGGAGUACUGUCCAAACGGCAAUCUUCGGGAAUUCUUGAGACAAAACCGAGACAAAUACAGCUUAGAGGUGGAUUGGUUAGUCGACGAUCUCUCGCAGGGUUUUGGUCCGAAAAAUUUGAUGUAUUUUGCUUUGCAAAUUGCAAAAGGGAUGGCAUUUUUGAUCUCGCGAAAGAUCAUUCAUCGAGAUCUUGCUGCACGAAAUAUUCUAAUCGGUAAUGACUACAUAGCCAAGGUUGGGGACUUUGGAUUGGCAAGAGAUGUUGAAAAAUAUCAUCAUUACUUGAAGAAAUCGACGGGAAUGGUUCCAAUGAAAUGGUUGGCUAUCGAGUCUAUUAGAGAUUCAAUAUUCACAGAGAAGUCUGACGUGUGGUCAUAUGGCAUUUUACUUUGGGAGAUUUUUGCAUUAGGAGGUAAUCCGUACCCCGGAGUGCAUAUCAACGAUUUUUACCUAUUUUUGUUGAGUGAGAAGAGAAUGCAGCCACCAAUUCAUUGCCCUGUGGAGAGCUUCAAUCUUAUGUCAAUGUGUUGGAAUGAAAAUCCUGAAGACCGUCCAAGCUUCUGCAGUAUAAUUAAAGUACUGCACGAAAUUCUUGGUUUCAAUGAGAUAAUGCUAGAGAUAAACGCCAACACUGAUGACAAAAUCAUGAGUACCUGCUAAAAAAGACUGCGUCGUUAUAUUUAAAUCAAUCGGUAGAGAACAAAGAAAUAAGAUAAUUCCUUAUGAAAAAAUGGUGUAGGAAUAAUUAUGUUAUAAAUACGUCUAGAAGGUGUAA